AUAACCGACCUACUAGCCGAGCACUUAUCGACUUUUAAGACUUGCUCUCAAAGUCAAAAGAUUGUCAAAACAAAUCAAUCUGGCUGUGUGGGAUAGAAAAUGCACAGUUCGCGUUACUUUACAAACAGAUACAAAGACUACGAUGGGAAUUUAGGAAGUUGUGAUUACGUGCGCAAUCUAAUUCCAGAGAUUUUGCAAAAGAUCUCGAAAAAUUGCCCUCCAAAUUCGCGGUCAAAUCGUGAUGGCGGAUUGUAUGUUGGUCCCGCGGGAGUCGCUUAUGCCUUUUACCACGUAGCUACAAGUGGUUUGUUCGAUGAACAGAGAGAGAAACUCUUAAAUACGGCAUGGGAAUAUAUUCAGGUGUCUGUGCAGGAUUCAGAGCGUACAAACCCGCGCAGUCAGGGGGGGAUCGGUGCGUCAUUUUUGCUUGGUCACGUGGGAGUGUAUACCGUAGCAGCUCUCAUCUCACAUGCCCUCGGUCACACCAAGGAGCGUGAUGCCUCUAUCGCCAAAGUGCUACAAUACCACGAGAUCUGCAAACCCUUGGACUUCUUCAAGCCCGGUUCAGACGAGUUGUUUGUCGGUCGAGCGGGAUACCUGUGUGCUUCGCUCAAACUUAACCAGGCCUUUUGCUCCCAGGUUAUCCCAGACGCCAUAACUGCCCCAUUAUUCGACGCAACAAUUCAGUCAGGACGGUACUAUGCACAGCGCCAUCGGUCCGCAAGUUCACUUAUGUAUGCUUACUACGACAAGGAAUAUCUAGGCGCGGGCCAUGGUCUGUCCUCUAUACUACAAAUGCUGCUUUCCUUCCCACAAUUCUUAACGAGCAGACCGGAAGUCGAGAGCACAUUGCGCGAAGCAGUAGAAUUUGUUUUGCGCUGCGAGAGAAAUGGCGACUAUCCGCCGGUACCAGGCGAGUCGCACAUGCUGGUACACUGGUGUCACGGUGCUCCCGGGGUAGUCUACCUUUUCGCCAAGGCGUUCCUCGUAUGGAAAGACCAGCGAUACUUACAGGCGGCUUUACGGUGCGGCGAAGUGGUCUGGGAACGAGGGCUACUGCGCAAGGGGCCUGGCAUCUGUCACGGAGUUGCAGGUAACGGCUAUGUCUUCCUGCUUUUAUACCGACUUACACGUGACCCGAAGUACCUCUACCGCUCGUACCAGUUCUCCGACUUCAUGCAGACGGCUGAGUUUACACAGGGAGCCCGCACGCCCGAUUGUCCUUACAGUCUAUUUGAAGGGCUUGCUGGGACUAUUUGCUUCUACGCAGAUCUGAUGCGUCCGGACAAAGCCUCUUUCCCUUUCUUUGAUGUCUGCGCUUGAAAACCUAGGUGAAUGUUUUUGGCUCAAUGAUCACGUGAUAGAAGGAGCCGAUUGAGACCUAGCAGAAAUGGAAAACUGUUUUAAACAUACAAUGAUUUAAGUAUGAAAGGCAGGAUAAAUAGGCUACGCAGACCUCUUAGAUAUUCUACAGCUUGUCUGUAGUUUUUCUAGUCAUAGCAAAGAUGGAUAGAUAGAUAUACUGAAGUAUGACAAACAGCAGGAAAAAAAUAAAGGAAUUAAUAUGUUAGUUAAAUUCGGAUAAAUUUGCAUUUGAUUGUGGCGCAUAAUGCAAUAUUGGAACUACCGGGCAAUUUUUGUUUGAGCAUUCCUGUUACGCCGCAAAAUGUAAUAACCAAUGGGGGAAUCUUGAUACAACGCAAAAUGUAACUCCUUAACGGAAAAUGUAAACUUUUCAACGCAAAAUGUGAUAAAAUAUUUAACGCGAAAUGUAAGAAUGUAUGAAUAGAAUCAAAUAAUUACUAUAAACCGGUAGCUAACGGCUGUUAAAAAGAGACAAAACGGUACCAUAUAAUGAUCAAGUAAAGGUUUUGAAGAAUG